AGGAGCAGCUGAGUCUUAGGAGAGUGCCCAGCUGCUCUGAUCACUGUACUCUGUGAAGUGCUCUCCAGCUUGUGGCCCAGGAAGGCUUUGGUUGGCACUACUUUUGCUACAGAAGAGAAAGAAUUUUACUUGUUUAAAGCUCGGAGAACUACACGACGCGGGUUUCUGCAGGGUGCCCCGGCCGCAGCCAGGCUGACAGCAGGCUCAUCGCCAUCCUCAGAGCCUCUCCACAUGGUGUGCAGAGCAGAGGGGCCACGCAGCCCCCCACCCCCAGUGCUGCCGGCACACGGCUCGGGCAGCCCUGGCCCGGUUUGUUCGCUUUUACUAAAACCCACAGGCGCAUGGAGGCAAAAGGUUUGGUUUGGGUUUGGGUUUAUUUUUCCAUUAUUGAUCUGGUGCUUUAAGAGGGGGAAAAAAACUCCUUGGCUGUCUAAACACUAUUGAUCCAUGCUGGGAAGCUGCAUGGACAGGGAAGGGUGUGGAGGAAUUGAAAUUUAAUUUCCAACAACUUGUUCUUGUUAUUUUCCCCGUUUUGGACAGGGAGAAACACGGCGCAGCAGCCUCAGUCGAUGUGGUCAAUGGCUCCUCUGAGAGCGCGGUGCAGCUCCGGGGGCAUCUCGGGGAGCAGCAGGCAGGCACAGCGGGACGCAGCGUGUCCCAGGGUGCAGCACCCAGCAUGGCACCGCUGCCAGCCCCGCUGGCACCCACCCCUGGCUGCAGGCUCACAGGGUGUCCUGGGGCCGGCAACGGAGACACGGCACAAGGACAGCGGGUAGCACAGAGAAGACGGGGUGCAAGGGCAGGGUGAGGCUGCUGAGGCCCAGCAAUGGCUCGAGGAUGCCACAAGACUCACUGCAUACGCUGGGUGUGCCAGCAGGGUGGGACAGGGCUUGCUGGAUGCACCAGAACCAGUUGCCUGGCACGUGAUGUCACAGAGGUCUGCUUGUCUCCGUUGCCUCUAGUACCCGUGCGGGGCGUGAGCUGCAGGCAGAGCAGUGUCGUGCUGUGCCAGGGACAGAGCGCGGUCGAGGAGCAGGAUGCAGCAGGAAGGCUGCGGUGAGGAACAUCCUUCCCAGAGAAGGGGUAGGUGCUGCUGGGGGCAAAGGCUGUGGGACAGUGUCCUCCACCAGCUCCUGUGUUGGGCCAUGGUCCCGGGAUGCUGGGGCUGCCCUAGGCAGGGCUGGGUGACAUCCAUGGCUGCCCCUCCCUGGGAUCGACGGUUGUCCGAGGACAGCGGGAAACACCUGUCCCAUGUCAUGAUCUCUCCAACAGUGAGAGAGUGGUCGAGAUAUGGCAUAUCCAGGGAAGUUUCUGCACCUCCAAGCCAGCCUGACGGUUCUCGUGGAGGGCUGCCAGGAGUGGAGGAGGCAACACCAGAGUUGAGAAGCUCCAUCCAGCAGUUUCAGCAGGAGACAGAGACUGGGCAGCCCCAGGGUGAAAUGAAAGUGUCAGCGCCGGAGCCACAGCAAGAGGAGCCUCAAGCGUGCCAGGAGAGGCAGCAGCAGCAGCUGGAGCCUGCAGAGGUGCAGGCCCUGAUGAAGGACUUGCAGUUGCACCUGAAUAUCUGCAGGGGCAUAAAAUGUGAACAGUGCGUCCAGCCGCAGAACAAUAAGCACCAGGACAUGCACGCUACUGCUGACGCAAAAGAGGAGCUGCAGAGGAGCCAAGAACAGCUCCAAGCCCUGAGGAAGCAGUUGAGGGCACAGGAGGAAAAGAGCCAGGGCCUGCAGCACAGCCUCACUCAGCUGCAAGAGGAGCACAAAGCCAUCCAGGCCCGGGAGCAGAAAAGUCUGAGGCAGCUCAGCAGAGCCAAGGAGGCCAUUCAAGACCUGCAGAGGGAAGCUGUCUCCAAAAGAAAUUACAUGGCAGAGCUGUUGCAGCAGGUCCACUCCCUCCAGGAGAGCCUGCAGAAGGCGACCAGCCAAGCCCAACACUGGCAGCAGCUAUACCACGACAGCAAGCGAGAUCUGGCUCUACGAGAAGAGGAGCUGCUUAUGUGCAAGGUGGAGAUGGCGUUCCUCCAGGAAGAGCUCAGCAAGGCCACAAGGCAAGUACAGGAUAGAAACAGGCAGCACCACAGCCCGAGGGCUGGAGCGCAGGCUGGGCCCCCAGCACCAGGGAGUGUCAGAUCCCAGCCCACAGGCAAGGCAGAGGGGAAUGGGACAGGGGACAGACAUCCUGGGCCACCAAGGGACCAGGCUGCGGGUCUGGCAUCCUGUUCUCCUUAAACUAGCCCUCUCUGCUCUGAUAGAAAGAAGCCCCUCAGCACGGAACUACCGUGUUAUGGCAAAAGUUCACAACCAAUAGUGCCGAGGCAAUGGUUCUCCUCCAGAGCAGCUCCCCUGAAGCAUCGGCAUCUCCAGACCCUCUACUCAGCCCCAAAGGCUGCUGCGCCAGCACAGCCUGUUUUCUCCAGCUGCCUUCAGUCCCGAGUUCACACAUGGCCCAGAGGGGUCCUUCUUUCUGGAUAGAAACCCGCACUCUUCCCAUGCUCUGGCAUUCUCCGGCUGCAGCAGGCUGCGCCAGAAGGGAGUUGGGACCAUCAACAUCAGCCAGUGUGUCAAGGAGCAGACCUGAGCAAGAAGCCUUAACAGAGUAGAGAGGGGCAAGCAGCUGCCUUCUCCUCACAGCAACUCACUCAGCUCACACCUUGUUUUCAGGCAGCCAAAUGAGCAUGGAGGACACAAGAUGAGCAUCGCGAGGACACAAGAUAAGCAUCACGAGGACACGAGGAGCAUCACAGUUGUGAGCAGGUGAAGCUGAACAGAAUUCCUAGCACAGCCUGGCCUGAAACAGGGCUGGGCUAAUGGCCCUGUGUGUACAGGGACAGCUGGGCACCCAGUGCAGGCCCAGGGCAUGGGUUGUGGUAGAACUGAUUUUGCAGUCAUAUGGGACAGGGACAGCUCGUCUUUGCCCUCUACAUCAACAUAACUCUGUGU